AUGUCAUUAAAGCACAAAAACGAGUAUCGCAGGUCUAUCGAUGACUAUCAGCCUGCAACGCCUGUCAGACGCAAGAUUGGUCUGUACUGGAUUUUAGCUAUGCUAAGGAUUGCUCUGACUUUUGCUCCACAGACAGGCUACAUUCAUCCUGAUGAAUUCUUUCAAUCUAUCGAAGUUAUCUCCGGAGAUCACUUCGACAUCGAUGUUUAUAAGCCAUGGGAAUUCAAUGCCACAUUUCCUAUACGCACCGCAUUCAUUCCUCAGCUCGUAGUUGGUUUGCCUUAUGCAGUUCUCAAGAGAUUGUCUUCGUAUACAUUUCAUUUCUUUGGAUUAUCAUUGAAGGGACCAUAUUUUUUCGUGCUCUUUCCGCGACUCUUCAUGUGCGCACUGUCAUUCCUGUCGGAUUAUUUUUUGUACAAGAUAUGCUGUAUGUAUGGGCAGAACUACAGAGUCAGACUAAUCACAUAUGCCAGUUCCUAUAUUAUGUUGACUUACGCCACUCGUACAUUAUCCAACUCUAUCGAACUGGUGCUGACUGCUGCAUUGUUAUACUUUGCUUCCCAGUGCAUGGCAUAUUCGGAGAAGGUGGUACUCCAGAGCGAUUAUCUUUCGAAAAAGUAUAAAGAAGCGACAACAGGAGUGGAGCGUGUCAAGUACUAUAAACUCAGGGCUAUGUUACCCUCGCAUUCGCUGAACCAUUGCUUCGUACUAGCCACGAUAACGGUAAUAGGAAUAUUCAACAGACCGACUUUCGUUGCGUUUGCAUUCGCUCCCAUCUUCUUCUGGCUGCAAAGAGGCCUGGGUUCCAAAAGCAUUGGCUUCAAAGAUUUCCAUAUCAGAAUAUUUGUUUUAAUUCUCUGCGGAUUACCGGUCACGCUGCUAUUCAUCCUAAUCGAUAGCUUCUAUUUCGGAUAUCUGACGAUGGGAGAGAUAGGCCAAUUGAAGAUCGGGAUAAACAAUUUUGUGGUGACGCCGAUCAAUUUCUUCAAAUAUAACGCGAAUACGAAGAACUUGGAGGUACAUGGACUGCAUCCUCGUCUUUUGCACUUUUUCGUAAACGUUCCGCUACUGUUUAGCGUUCUCGGCAUCGUCGGAUUGCUGACGUUUGUGAAAAUGGUAUACAGCGGAUUGAAGGCGCAAUGGCUACAUCUGCCACGUCUGCAGAGCAUCGUAGGGUUGAUGACCUCCACGUUCAUCAUUCCGAUCGCCUUGCUGUCUCUGUUUCCCCAUCAAGAACCUCGUUUUAUAAUCCCGGUACUUUUCCCGCUGGUAUUCCUUCAUGCGCCCGAGUUAAGUCAAGUCCCCUGUCUGGAUAUCGUCCGAAGAUUCGACGAUAACGGCGAUGAAUCUGCUGCCGAACCUCCACACAGAUGCAAAUCCAGAAAGUUAACGAUUUGGUACGUCAGCAAUCUGUUGCUGGCUUUCUUCUACGCUUUCGCGCAUCAGGGUGGGGUUUUCCCGCUGACAUCCCACAUCACAACGGAAUUGAGGGCUAAACCGCAUCUCACGCAUGUGCAUUUAUACACUUCAUACAGUUACUCGCUGCCUACAGCACUGCUACAGCUUCGCAAUACUCGCAGAGUCUAUCGUAGCAGCAGUAAUCAUAAAUAUAAGUUGACACAGGAUUUCCACCUGUAUGAGCAGGGCUCUAAGCCCUUGCCACAGGUGUUCGAUAGCAUCGCCAGGAAAAUUAGAGACUGUGAAGAGAAAUUCGUCCUCAAGAGGAUACCUUAUAGACUGUAUUACGCGUUACCGGCCUCUGCGAUAAGUGAGUUUGUGGAAUUGUCGAACAACAAAUCGAACUUGUUUAGAUUUCACAUAGUUAAGACUUUCUAUCCCCACAUCUCCGUGGAGAGAUUACCAUCUUUGCGAUCGCUCGACAGAUUGGAAAAUUUGUUAAGUUUGCAGAGCGAUGAUAUUUUUGGUAGCUUUAUCGAAGUUACAAAGGAUGUUUAUGAAUACGUCGAGCAGUUUAGAUUGCUAUUGUUAAAAAUCGAAUAUUUUCUUCCUGAGUUGAAGCAAAGUAAGUACAAUGAGCAAAUUAAAGAAAUAAUUAAUAAUGAUUGAAUAAAUAAAAAAGAUAGAAAUAAUAUAUCCAGACUUUUACUUCUAUAAGCUAAUAAUAAUAUAAAUAAUAAUAACAAAAUAAUAAAAACUAGUCAAAGAGAAAAAAAGAACUUAAAAUGUGAUUGACUGUUAAAAGAUUUAUAUAAAGAAUAUUAUAUACAAUAUAUGUAGCUUAAGCAAUAUAGUAAAGAUAUAAAUUUCAAUUCAAACAGCUGUUUUAUAUGCGCGUGUAUACGAGGAGAUCAUUAAAGAUUUAGAAAUUUACGAGAAAUUAAUAAAUAAAUAAUGAGAAUACAAGUUU